AUGUCCACCAUCCUCGUUACUGGGGCCACUGGCCUACAAGGUGGAGCGACAGCUCGCCAUCUCCUGGCCCGAGGAAUGCGGGUCCACGCAUUAGUUCGGACAAAGCAAAGCGCUGCCGCACUUGACCUACACGCUCGCGGUGCUGUGCUAGUUGAAGGCAAUUUCGAUGAGCCCGAGCAGCUCAAGGCUGCCUGCAAGAACACAACUGCAGUAUUUCUGAAUGUGUCGCCCUCAUUCCGGGGCGACGGCGCGGAGCUACGGCAAGCAAGUAAUGUCAUACGUGCAGCUCGUGCUGUCAGUACCGUCACAACACUCGUUUACACAAGUGUCUGCGCCAUCGAUCAACGCGAGCAAUUUCCUGGAUGGACCGAUGGAAACAUGUCUGGUCUAAUGAAGGGAUAUUUUGAGAGCAAGGCUGCUAUCGAGGAGCUCGUGCGUUCUGCUGGCUUUAUGUAUUGGACAAUCCUUCAUCCUCCCGUCUAUAUGACAAACUAUCUUCUUCCUAGCGUGAGAGGAUACUUCCCUGAACUGGCCAAGUCCCGUACUCUCCGUACAGCUAUGGCGGUGGAGAAAAGAACAAUGCUUAUCAACCCAGACGAUAUCGGACGCAUUGCUGCCAGUGUCCUUAUAGCGCCAAAUCAGUUCUCGCAUCGUGCUGUGGAUAUUGGUGGCGAGGCAUUGACAGCGCAGCAAAUAGCAGACGCUAUUUUCGAAGUGAGCGGGCGCGAGAUUGUGGUCGAUCAUAUCAUCCCCAGGUUGAAGCGCAGUUAUGGUUCUGGGAGCGACAGGAUAAGUUCGACCCGCUGGAACUGGAGGCUGAGUUUGGGAUCAAAUUGA